AUGGCUGCUUCUCUUCAACUUGUCAUCUUUUCUUCUCUUCUAGUUUUAUGCCUCGUUCCAUUAACACCAUUGGCUCAGCAAUCUUUUAGACCCAAGGCUCUACUUCUACCUGUCUCCAAAGACGCUUCGACUCUCCAAUACACUGCUAUUGUAAACCAGAGGACCCCUCUGGUACCUCUCAAGGUCGUCAUCGAUCUUGGCGGCCAACACUUAUGGGUAGAUUGUGAGAGAAAUUUUGCGUCUUCAACCUUCCGUCCUAUUCGCUGUGGCUCAGCCCAAUGCUCCUUAGCUGCAUCCACGGCCUGCUCCGGUUCUAAUACGUGCGUUGUUUUCCCACAAAACGGUGUCACCGGAACGACCACAGUCGGAGAUAUCGGUCAAGACGUGGUAGCAAUUGAAUCAACCGAUGGGUCGAAUCCGGGUCGGGUAGCUACCGCGCCUGGAUUCAUUAUCACUUGUGCACCAACUUUCCUGCUGGAGAGUCUUGCUAGUGGAGCUAUGGGCAUGGCUGGUCUUGGCAGGACAAGAGUGUCUCUUCCAGCGCAAUUUUCUGCCACCUUUAGUUUCCACAGAAAGUUUGCACUCUGCCUUUCAUCGGGAAACGGCGUCGUAUUCUUCGGGAACGGGCCUUACAUAUUUCUUCCCGGCACUGAAGAUUUGUCUAAAUCUCUCACCUUCACGCCGCUCUUCUCAGCCGGAGAUCGUUCGUCGGAGUACUUCAUCGGCGUGAAAUCCAUCAAGGUGAAUGAAAAGGUUGUCCCGUUGAACACAACAUUGUUGUCCAUUGGCGGGACAAAGAUCAGCACUGUGAAACCCUUCACGGUUUUACAGAGCUCAAUCUUCGAAGCUGUGACGACGGCCUUUGUUAGAGAAGCCGCCGCCAUGAACAUCAAAAGGGUAGCUCCUGCGGCGCCGUUUGAUGUGUGUUUCAGCUCUGAAAACAUAGUGGGCACUCGGCUAGGAGCAGCAGUGCCGACGAUUAGUCUAGUUUUGCAGAACGAAAAGGUGGUUUGGAACAUGGUUGGUUCGAACUCAAUGGUGGAAGUUAGCAGGGAUGUGAUGUGUCUUGGGUUUGUUAAUGGCGGACUAGAAACCGAAACGUCAAUCGUCAUCGGUGGGCACCAGUUGGAGAACAAUCUGCUCCAGUUUGAUCUGGCCACCUCAAGGCUUGGCUUCAGCUCUACGUUGCUCGGCCGGCAAACUACCUGCGCCAACUUCAACUUCACAUCCAACGCUUAG